AUGAUUCAAUUAGCAGUUGGAGACAUUCGAAAUUCAGGGCCAUUUGUGCAACAUUAUAUUUUGACAUUGUUUCUGAAUAGUCCAACGGCAGAUCUAGCAGGAUUAUUUGAUAGUUGUUUUCUAAAGCAUUUUGUUCACGAACUGAUAACGAUGAGGCAGAGUAACCAACAUCUGGCAAAUUUGCUUCUUAUAAAAUUGGAUCAUAAUAAAUGGCGCUUUGAAUGGUUGUAUAGCAGUGCUGUUAAUGAGGACCAAAAAGUUCAGUCCAUAGCUGUUCGAGCUUUGGAAUUGCUUUUGAAAAGAGGUAAUCCGGAUAUUCAACUAUGUAAAAUCAUUGUUUUGCUGUUGAAGAGCGAAAAUGAAACGAUCAGAGAAAAAGUUGCAGAACUAUGUUCUCAUGUAGUCAAUUUGAAAAUCGCUUCAUUGAAUCCGGAAAUUUUAUUCUGGUGGUUUGUGCAGCACUAUCCCGAAGUUGAAGAAUUUAUUAACCAGCAUGAUAGUUUUGAUAACAAUGAACAUACUCGUCUUUUUGAUGCAUGCGUUUCAAACCCUUACAUCGAAGCAAUUCCAAUCUGUAGUGAAUAUUUAAGUAGUGUGUUGCACUUAAUAUCAUGA